AUGGUGCAUAUCACUGCGACGGAACCGGCCCCAGUGUGGACUUACAAGACACUCGGUGAAUUUCGACAUGUGCUGAAGCAACAAGACCCAGUCAUCCUAUCGGUCGAUUUUGAAAAUGUCGACCACCUCUCCGGGCCCGGCAUCACUCAAUAUCAGAAGAUGUCGGAGCAGGGGGUCGCGGCAUACGACACAAGGAAUCGACUAUCCAGAACCGACCACCCUCAUCCCAGUGACGGCAGCAAUGACCGUCUUGAAAGCCUUGCCAAGCUCAUAGUCUCGGAGCACAUCAUCACCGAAGAGUUCCGGGAUAAGACAGAGGAGACUUGCGAGGCACCGUACCAUCGCCACGCCCACUUGGACCCUGGCCGUGCUCACCACGCAAGGCCUUACCACUGUCGCUUUGUCGACUCGGCUUUCCUCACAAAAGCCGAGACCAUGGGACGCCUUGCUGAAAUCGUCAAGGACCUUUCAACACAGAACUUGACAGAGCAGGAGAAGGCCGCGGGUAUAACCCGCAACAUCAAGGUCAUUGUGUGGGACUCGCAUUGCGAAGAGUCCACCUUUUACUAUGGCGGCCUCGAUCUCGCGUCUUUGUGCCCAAACAUCGAGCUAUGGGAUAUCCAAAUCUGGUAUCCAUUUCGUGCUCGGUUCCAUGAGAACCCAAACUCAAGGAACGCAAAGACAAAGGGUGAAAAGGCCUUUGGUUCCCUAGGCGCUUUGGGUACGGGCCUGCCGUUGCACAAUGGGUGCAAUGACACUGUCGUGCAGCUCAUUGCUUUCCUGCGGUUCAUGUUGAUGACCGAAGCCGAAUGGGUUACUUGGUUUGACCACAAAAUAGACCUUGCUCCCAUCUCGUUCGGGUGGGUUGAUCCGGCAGUUUACCAGAAGAACUUGGCAAUUGCGCCUAUUCCGAGGACAAAGACAAAGAGCAGAGGACAGGGCAAAGGAUACCAGAGGGGUGGAGGCAACAACUGGAAGCACCAAGGACCAGGACAAACGACGUCCUGGAAGCCGGCUGAGGCCACGACUGCUACUGCCUCCAACUCGAUGCUCGGACUUCCUGUCGACGAGAUGGCGAACUUGAAUCUCGAACAGUCGACAUCGGGCAAGGCGACCCCAAGCGACAGGUCCGGCACCGGGUGGCCGGAGGGUAUGGAUGGGUUCGACGACUGGAGCCAGAGUUCCAAGGACAGCUCGGGUGACAACACGAGCAGUGGUUGGCCUGACGACAUGGACAGCCCAGAUCAGAACAACGGUUUUGAGGAUGCUCAGGAUGAUCGUGAUUGCGGACGUGGUUGGCCGAACGGGGAAGAUAAUGGAGAAGAGCACGAGCACUCCGAUGGCACCGUCAAGGCCCUCAAUUCGAACCACAACGACUGGUCCCACAAGGCGCCGAGAAGGAACAAACGAGGACGCAAGAAACGAUAUGUGGAAGACGUCGAAUGGGCUUUGUGA